AUGAGAGUACAUACAAAGGAGAAGCCAUACAGAUGUGAGAUUUGCAAUAAGGCAUUCCUCUCGAAAACUGAACUAGUAAGACAUAUCUGAAUACAUACAAAUGAGAAGCCGUACAGUUGUGAGAUCUGCAAUAAGGCCUUCUCAAUGAAACAUCAUCUAGUGUGCCAUAUAAGAGUACAUACAAAGGAGAAGCCAUAGAGCUGUGAGAUUUGCAACAAAGCCUUCCUAUCCAAAUCUAGUCUAGUAACGCAUACCAGAGUACAUGCAGAUGAGAAGCCGUACAGUUGUGAGAUUUACAAUAAGUACUUCUCAAGGAAAUUUCAACUAGUGUGCCAUAUGAGAGUACAUACAAAGGAGAAGCCAUACAGCUAUCACUGGCCUUACAUCUACAAGGCGACAAUGAGUUCCCUAGCCGACUGGAUGCCUUUGGACCUACUCACGGACGAGGAAAUAUCUAAGAUAGGAGUCAGUGUCAAAGAACAACUCAGUUACGAUGUCACCGAAGAGGCAUGUCUGGAGAUUAAAGAGGAACCACUUGAUUAUGGAGAUGAAAUGAGGGUUAAAGUGAACAAAAUGGAAGUGAAACACGAGCUUCCUCUCUUCAGAGGUCUACAAGAACGCAGGUCUGAAGCAAAUGAAAAACACUCGCAUAACUUAAUUAAGGAUUGCAAUAACUCGCCGAUCUUGCCAUUUGUAGCUGAGGUGUGUGGGAAGGAGUGUUCACCAGAAAAGAAUGAGGAGAAGCAUAAGGAAAAUCAUAAUCAUAAGGAGGUUACACAACGAAAAGACAGGCAAUUGAAAUGUGUUAUUUGUGAAGUAUGUGGCAAGAAAAUACAAUCCAAGAGCUAUUUGAAGCUUCAUAUGAGAGUUCACACAAAAGAGAAGCCUUACAGCUGUGAGAUUUGCAACAAGACUUUCUCAUACAAACGUAGUAUAGUAAGGCAUAUGAGAAUACAUACAAAAGAAAGGCCAUAUAACUGUGAGAUAUGCAAGAAAGUCUUUUCACAGAAUUACAACCUAAUGCAACACAUGAGAGUACAUACAAAGGAAAAGCCAUACAUGUGUGAGAUUUGCAAUAAGGCCUUCCCAUUCAAGACUGUCCUGGUAAGACACAUGCGAACACAUACAAAAGAGAAACCAUACAGCUGUGAUAUUUGCAAGAGCUUCUCACAGAAAACUAGUUUAGUAUGGCACACAAGAGUACAUACAAGGGAGAAACCAUAUAGCUGUGAGAUUUGCAAAGAGGCCUCCGCAUCUAUAAGUGACUUGGUAAGGCAUAUGCGAGUACAUGCAAAGGAGAAACCAUACGGGUGCGAAAUUUGCAACAAGUCCUACUUACGGAAACGUAACCUGGAGCAACAUAUGAGAUUGCAUACAAAUGAGAAGCCAUACAACUGCAAAAUUUGCAGCGAGGCCUUCCCAUCCGUAAGCGAGCAGGUGAAACACAUCAGAAGACAUGCAAAGGAGAAAUCAUACAGAUCUGAGAUUUGCAAUAAGUCCUUUUUUCUGAAAGAUAACCUCGUGCAACACAUGGAAGUGCAUCCAAACGAAAAGCCUUAUGGCUGCGCAGUUUGCAGCAAGGCCUUCUCUCGUAAAUAUGUUCUUAUGGAGCACCUGAGAGUACAUACGAAGGAGAAGCCAUACACAUGUGAUAUUUGUAAUAAGUCCUUUUCAUACAAAAGUGCUUUGAUGAGGCACAUGAGAAUACAUACAAUGGAGAAGCUACACAGCAGAGAGGUAUGCGAUAAAGCCUUCUUGCAGAAAGGUAAUCUAGCAGAACACUUAGAGGGCACAUGCAAAGGAGAAGCGAUGUAG